GUGCGCAUCUCGGCGCGACUCGCGGCUUUCAGGAAAAAAUUGAACGUACCGCUGGCCAGUAAACUGUGAGACUUCCACCGAUUCGUCAGGUGAAACGCCGUGUGAUUAUUAAAUUUCUCUUUUUAAUUGCGCCAUUGAAUAUCUUAGCCGUGCGAUAAUUCACCGAAAUUAUUCAACUAUCCAAAGGAGUCCAGCCAUUUCGAUGUGUUUCUUCGACGCGGUUAGCUGUCACAUCAUCAACGAUACCACAGCAUAUCACCUAACUUCUCUUGCAAUUUGCUCAUUAUUAGUCGUGUUAGUGAAAAAGCGACGUCGCAGCAGCUAUGAAUAUCAGUUGGUUACGAAUUGCGAAGUAAGUCUGACGUCCGUGUAGAACUGAUCGAUUCGAGGAAACGUUUGUGGUCUGAUGUAAAGUAUUCGUCAUCGUGUCAAGCAAACUGGUCAUUUUCAAGUUGUCAGAAGCGUAAUAAACAAGUUUCAUUAUAAACAAAACAUCAAAAAACACACGACAUUAAGAACACGGAAAUAUUAAGAAACAAAUAUAGAAGUCAUUAUAGAGAAUAGAACCACGUGACAACAAGAGACGUCGUGUGACAACGAGAGUGACACCUAACAAACAAUCGAACAGUUUGGUAAUCAAGAAAAGCUGUUGGUGUAACAUGAACGAUUUUGAUGAGCACAAAGUUAUAAUAUCGUAAUUCCCCCGGAAAAGAUGCAGUGAAGUUGGCUCGGUGGAUGCCAUUGACCGCCAUAUUCAGGAGAAUCGUUCGAGACAGUUUCGAAAAAAAACUGGAAGGUGGUAGAUCGGGUAAAGUGACAGCAGCGUCGAAAGGUUAAGGACCCGUUCGUUGAACGUAUUUUGCGACGUGGAAAUCGCAGUGAAACGCAGUGAAAAACCUGUCGAGAUGGAGUUCAAGUUCAACGUAAAUAAACUCUUGCCCAGAAAGAUCAACAAGGUCACGCAUACCCUCAUUCCAGAGGACUUCAGAGGUGAUCGCCGUGAAUUGAAUUACAUUGAAAAUUCCUGAAUAUUUCUACGUUAUCGUAUGAAUCUCGUCGUACUAAUCAACGCGACAGAAUACUCACUACGCUAGUGAUAAGCGAAUGUCAGAGGCAGUUAAGCAGAGUUCUGGACGACAUGGGCGAGGCUUCUGCCAGAGCCCAAGGUCUGAACAAGUCGAUAACCAGCGCCGUAAAACUUCGAGAUACUGACCAUAUUGUUUAUUUAUUAGUUGACAAUGAAGCUAACAACGGACUGGGCAGCGUGGUGGGAUUGUUGAAGACCGGAUCGAAGAACCUCUUCAUGUUCGAUGAGACUGGCGCUCAUUAUCAGCUGAAGCCAAGAUGCGUUUUGGAUUUUUAUGUUCACGAGUCACGGCAACGCAUGGGCCUUGGAAAUAUUCUCUACCAGCACAUGCUCUCCGAAGAGAAUAUUAGGCCGGUGAAAUUGGCGAUCGAUAGACCCUCGGAGAAGUUCUUAGCCUUUCUAGACAAAUACUACGGUCUCUCGAAGAUUAUUCCACAGAACAAUAAAUUUGUCGUUUUUCAAGGAUUCUUUGACGACGAACGUCAGGAUGUGAGGACGAAUAGAUACAGUUUACCUGCAAAGACCUCGAUUGACAUUGGUACUUCUAGCAUCGUACAUAACAAUCUUGGAAAGAGUAACUCUAGCUUAAAUGGCGUUGCCUAUUCUUCCCCUGUUUCACGCAGUUCGUUUGGUAGAUACGCCGCGGCACGACCGCCUUGUUCCAUGGCAAAUAUAUUAAGCGAUUCCACUCCCAUGAAAACACCAGUUCAAUAUUCCCAAUAUCCUCUGCACAAUGGCAACACGUUCCUUUUACUCUUGUUUUCGGAUGAAAAACCGAGCACGCCGGCUGCGACUCAACUGAAACCGGAACGACCACGAUCGUUGAGCCUUUAUUCGGAAGAAGAACAGAAGCAACGUACAAGCGAAUUGUCAACAGUACCAACACCUGCUUUACCAGACUAUCAACCGACUCCUCUAGCUACCAUUUUACGAGAAACAGAGAAAACCGAAAAAAAUAUGAAACCAUCACCCUCGUGUAGCCAAGAAGUAGCUGGUUCCAAUCAACAUACUCGAUUAGAUUUAAAAUUUUAUCAUUCUCCUUUAUGGUAAACGAAAACAAUGGAACAAUAUUAGAAUUAUAUCAUCUGCAUGUGCGACAAAAUUAAGAACGCUUUGCCUCUGAUAAUAAAGUAUCAGUGGAAAGAUAAUUAAUAAUAAGCUUGAUGAAAAUUGGGCAGCUGUGGUAAUUGAGGUAAACGUUAUGUAUUAGUUAAUAUGACAAGGUGAAAAACGUGUAUUAUAAUUGAUAAAAUCAAUUGUUUUUACUUUCUGUGAGAACAAUUAACAGAUUAUCAUUGGCUAUCGUUAAUUUAUACAUAUAUCAUGGGAUUGCACUUUGAAUAAAAGACACAGAAACUUUUUAAUACUUACUUUACUAUGGCUAAUAACUUGAGACAUGAUAAAAGUUAUAUCUCCAGAAAAAUAAAAUCCAAAUGCUGAUGAUUUUUCGCACUUUUUCGAGCUCUAAUUAGGUUUAGCAUUAUAUUGAAAAAAAAGUAUUGGAAAUCUUUAUGCGUUUUUAAUUUGAACUCUAAUACCAGUAUAACAGAAUACCUACGCUGAAAAUGAAUAUCUAAUCGAUAUGUUUCAAUUGACUGAAACGAUGAUAAUAUUGAAAUUGUUAGUAAGUUAUUGUAGGAAACCAAAUUAAUAUCGUAGUACACGACUGACGUUCAUAACGUGUAGAUUGCAUAUAUACAUACAUAUAGGCUGGCUUGUAAUUUUAUACGUAGAUAAAAAUGAUACAAGACAUUUUUCAUAUAUUACAAAUGUAGCGAUACGUGAUUUGUACAAUAAACUUAUCAUUCCUCCUUUUUUUACAUUACAUACUGAACUCUAAAGGAAUCUUUUAUUAUUCCUUUUUAAUCUCGUCAAGUUCAACAUUUAUUGGAACAAAGACGUUUAUUACAAAAUAUAUUUAUUGAUUAUGCUCUACAAUCUUUGUAUUUUCUAUUAUCAGAUUCGUAAAAAUCUACGAUAUUGCUAGGACAAAGUGAAACCUGAAAUUGUUGUCGAUAAAAAUAUAUUAUGUGAUAAGAAAAUAAAAGUAUAUAAAUAUGA